AUGAGCAGCCGGCCCAGCCCUUCUCCUGCCAGGUGGUUCAAGGUUCUGCACAGGACCAGGCUGGGGGAGCCCUGUUUAAAGACGUACCCUCUGGAGUGUGUGGCUCUGCUGAGACGCGCCAGAGUGGCUUUUCAAGCUGGACGCAGCCUCAAGGAGAACUUCAGACUGGCCCAGCUGGAGGCUGUGGUGCAGAUGCUGGAAGAGCAUGAGUGUGACUUUGUGGAAGCUCUUGGAAGGGACCUUCAUAAGCCGAGGUUUGAGACGGUUGUGUCAGAACUGAUGCUCGUCAAGAACGAGGCCCUUCACGCCAUCAGCAACCUGAAGAAGUGGAUGCAGCCGCAGCACGUGGAGAGAAACCUGUUCACCACGUUGGACGAGUGUCUGGUGGUCAGUGAGCCGCUGGGGGUGGUGCUCAUCGUGGGGACCUGGUGCAGUCCUGUCCAGAUGUGUCUGGUGCCGCUGGUCGGGGCCAUCGCAGCAGGAAACUGUGCAGUCAUCAGUCCGUCUGAGUGCACCACUCACACAUCAGAGCUCCUCCAUCGUCUCUUCCCUUUUUACUUAGACAAUGAAUGCUUCCACGUGAUUCUUGCAGGCACAAACGAGUUGCCUGAAGUUGUGGAACUUAAAUUUGACCAUGUCUUCUUUACAGGAAGCAGAGAGGAGGGGAGCAGAAUAGCCCAGGCUGCAGCUCGCACUCUCACCCCUGUCACCCUGAUUUUGGGAGGCAAGAAUCCGUGUUAUGUGGACCAACACUGUGACAUCGCCACCACGGCACAGCGUGUUGCUUGGGCACGUUUUCACAAUGCUGGGCAGAGCCUUGUGGCUCCGGACUACAUCCUGUGCCACGCAGAUGUCAAGGCACGGCUGGUGCAGGCCCUGAAGUGCUGCCUGAUGCAAUUCUACGGUACUGAUCCCAAAGAGUCCCGCAGCUUUGGCCGCAUGGUCAAUCUGGAGAUCUUUAACCGUACAAGAGACGUGCUGUGGAGGUCGGGCAAGGUGGCUGUGGGUGGGCAGGUGAUAGAAGCAGAGAAAUAUAUUGCCCCGACAAUUUUGACAGAGGUGGCGGAAACCGACUCCAUCAUGCAACAGGAUGUUUUUGGUCCAGUUCUCCCUGUUCUGGCUGUAAACGAUGUGGAUGAGGCAAUAACCUUCAUUAAUAAGCAAGAGAAACCCCUCUGUGUUUAUGCAUAUUCCACCAACACUAAGGUUAUUUCGAGGCUAAUGAGUGAGACUUCCAGUGGAAGCUUUUGCUCCAAUGACAGUGUCCUGCAGAGUCUGAUGGUGGCUCUGCCUUUUGGUGGAGUAGGUGCCAGUGGAAUGGGAUCCUGCCAUGGCCGCUACAGCUUUGAUACCUUCUCCCACAGGAAAUCAUGCCUGCUCCGAAGCACACGGUUUGAGUGUGUCACCUAUCUGCGUUAUCCGCCCUACGAGGACCGCAAUCUGUCUCUAAUGACAUGGGCCAGCACCUUGUCCCAGAAGAGCCAGGGCUGGUGCCAGAUCCUGUGACUCUGUGGGAGGGCGCUGACACAACCGUGUUGAAAGACAAGCAAGUGCCCUCUAGGCUAAUGUAUUAAAAUGAAUGAGAAAAAUCGGCAUUGUAGUUUAAUCCCGGUGUGGAAUGACAAUUGUAAGCGACAAGAAAAGGUGUCUAAAUUAUUGAAUUAUUCUUUGUAGAUCUUCAAUACUGUACAUCCACUGAAGGCUCAUAUUUGAGGACAUGGUCACUUUGUAAAUUUUGGCUGAAUAGUUUAAUAUUUUCCCACUGUUAUGACCUAAAUUAUUAUGUCCAGUUAAAAUGAUUUGCAUCCAAAAAAGAAAAACUAUUUGAUACCUUGAGCAUAUUUAUUAACAUAUUUACAUAAGUAAAUACAAAGUGUCUGCAUCAACCAUCCAAAAAAAACACAUUUCCCCUCAUCCUCAUGUGACACCGGUCAUUCAGGUCUUUUGUAGAUUGUCUCCUCACUGCCUUCUUUCAUGGCUGCAUAUCUGGCCAAGGUGAACAGGUAGUCGCUCAAUCUGAGUGCAAAUGAUGGGACAUUUUAUUAAUCUAGUGAUGAAGGAGCCAUGUUGUUAUAUUAAUUGUAAAGCACAAAUUGACUGACCUGUUCAAAAACUUGGCUACAUCUGGAUCUGCCUCGCCUGAGCGCACGAUUGGAGCAACGCUACAACAAGAACACAGAGCUGUCAGAGGCAGAAAUGAAAAAAAGAAUAAUUCAAGUCAUUCAGAUGACGUUACAACUGAAACUGACCUUCGCUCCGCUCGCCGACAGACCGUCCGAGCCAAGUGCAAAGCUGCGCUGCUCUUGCCUCCAGACUGUGAAAUGGAAAGCAUGUGUGUUGGCACAACAGGAAAAUCUGGAUUCAAAAUAAUGACAUGUGAAACAGAUGCACAAGUGGGCUUACAGGUAAAAUGAAGUUGGUCAGUGGAGGGAGUUCUUUUGUAAAGUUAUCGAUCCAUGUUUCCAGGUCUGUAAUUGGCUGAGCAGAAAAUUGUGUUUUCUCUUUCGAAAAGAGGAAAGAAAAAAAUGCAAAUUAUGAGGACGAAAGACACAAUGAAAUUAUAGUGUUUCCUGGAUUAGAUUGGCCCACAUGUGCAUACUUGUGUGACUCUCUCUGGCAGAUGAUCGUGGGGUGGCGAUAUUUGAGCCCACGUCUUGUAAAAUGCACUGUAUCUGCAA